GGCAGAGGGUGAGGAGCAAACAGCGAGCUUCCUGCCUCGGUGCAGCUGUUAGCGAGGCAGAGAAGGAUCAGGCGCCUUUCCCUGCUGCCGCUAGGGCUCCGGCUAAAAAGAGCCUGAUCGUUUCGGCUGAAAUGGAGAAAAAAAGAAAGAGCCAGGCUGACUUCAAUCCCUUCGCUAAGAAAAAAUGCACGCCAGCCAUUGGAAGCCACAGCUCCCUGGGAUCCGGAGCGGAAACAUGGCGACUAGCAGAUUUCCAAUCCGCUGCUACACACCGCGAGUCACAACCCACGCCACAUGGACAGGCAGAUGGAUCUAGUCCAGAAACUUGCAGCGAGUACGACGUUGGGAGUUACGUAGACUGCCGGCUCACUUUAAACGACGAUAUGAAGUACAAGCUGCUUACUCAACCUUGGACCCCUAACGCGAGCUACGAGUUCCCCGUGUAUAAGGACUCAGAGGACAGCCCGCGACCAUUUAAUUAUUUGUGGCUGAAAUACUAUCCGUUCAUGUCUUACAGCGGCAAGUGUGCAGGCGUCUUUUGCCGCACGUGCAUGCUGUUUGCCCCCGUCCCCGGAGGAGGGAAAAAACCGUCUGUGUUCAUCUCUGUGCCGUACUCGAACUGGAAGAAAGCCACGGCAGAGUUCAGGAAUCACGCUGCCAAAAGGUCUCACCAAACUGCCUGUUUGAAAGCGCAGAUGUUCACCACGUGCUAUGAAAACAAAGAUAAGAGCCUCAUGCCUGCGCUGAGCAAUGGGAGGUGUGCCCAAGUGGAAGCAAACCGGAAGAAACUAGUGCCCAUCAUUGAGACUGUAUUGUUUGCAGGGAAAAAAGGUCUGCCUCUUCGAGGGAAGCACGACGACGGCGAAUUAGAUAUGAACAACGAGGGUAAAUCCGAAGGUAUUUUCCAGUCGCUUCUGCGCUCCCGUUGUCAAGCUGGUGACGUAACCCUGCACGAACACUUAGUAAAGGCGCCCAAAAAUGCAAAGUACACCAGCAAAACCAUUCAGAACGAAAUUAUUCAGAAAAGCGCCAUCAUCAUCAGGAGCAAACUGGUCAAUGAAAUCAAUGAGUCGGGAUUUUUUACCGUGCUGGCCGAUGAAACCACGGACAUUUCCAAUACGGAACAAAUGUCCGUUUGCGUGCGCUACGUCAGAGAAGAACCGCUCAUCGUUUGUGAAGUUUUCCUGGGCUUUUUGCCCGUUUAUGACCUGACCGGUGCCAGUUUAGCAACAACUCUUUUGGAUUUCUUAACAAAAUGUGGUCUAGACUUGACAAAAUUGCGGGGGCAAAGUUAUGGUGGAGCUACCAGUACGUCUGGCCGGGUAAACGGCGUACAGGCUCACAUCAAAUCUGAUUUUCCAGCCGCGGUGUACAGUCAUUCGGUGUCUCAUGCUCUGAAUCUUGCCAUCGCAAAAUCGUGCACGGUGUGUGGAAUAGAAAAUACCUUAAGUACUCUGAACGAAGUCAUUAAUUUCUUUGAGGAAUCGUCCAAGCGAAUGAAAUACCUGUCCGACGCCAUCGCUUCUGUGUGUCCGGAGAGUGGUUACAAAUGCUUGCAAAGCGCCUGCGCCUCUGGGUGGGUGGAGCGGCACGAGAGCAUCGCGGUGUUCUCCGAGCUCUACGAUGCCGUUAUUGCCGCGCUGGAAGUGAUGCAGACGGACCGUGACAAAGCUAUCCGCGACAAAGCAGACAGGCACAGCAAAGACAUAUGCGACUUCGAAUUCAUCAUCAACCUGAUGAUCGCUGAGUCGCUGUUAGGAAUCACCCUUCCUCUGUCCAAGGAACUUCAGAAGGUGAACGCCGACAUCGUCGAAUGCUACAACCAAGUGAAAGUCGCGGUGGGGAUGUUUAAGGAUAAAAGCUCUAGCGCCAACAAGGAGUUCACCGAAUUGUUUCGCAAAGCCCAGUCCGUUGCAACAAAGCACGACAUUGAAGUAACUUUAUCCUGGCCACGACACCGAUGCGGCGUCCCGUGCGGCAGUGUUGAGGACUACUUUCGAAUGAACAACUACGUCCCGUUUCUGGACUCCAUGACUCGAGAACUGACACAGAGAUUUACGCUGCACGGCAAUGCGGUGACAGAGCUGAGCAUCCUCAUCCCUCAGUUUUCGAGCCAGCAUCCCUCCGAGAAACUUAGUCGUGUUUUGGAGAUGUACGAUGAAGAUCUGCUGGAUAGCUGGAGCGUUGUGCAGGGGGAAUUUCAAAUGUGGAAGAAGAAGUGGGAGGGCGUGGGGAAAAAAGAGCUGCCGAGCACAGCCAUUGAGAGUCUAGCAAGCUGCAGCAAGAAAUGGUAUCCAAACAUGCAUAUUUUACUCAAGAUCCUGUGCACGCUUCCUGUAUCUACAGCUACGGUGGAAAGAAGCUUGUCUAGUCUCUGGAGGAUUAAAACUUGGUUUCGUUCAAGAAUGGGCGAGGAGCGUCUCAACGCACUGGCCAUGUUGAAUAUUAACUCCAGCGUGGAAGUCACGGUCAGCGAAGUGCUGGACGCGUUGUCCAGACGCUCGAGAAGGCUGGAUUUUGUUUUAUGAAUCCGACUAAGACAGAUGCAGCAUUUUAAUGACUGCAGGAGUAAUGAAACUGUCUUUUGAUUAUUAUUUAGCUACUUGGGGUUUUUUUACGCUUAAUAAAGCAACUUAAUGCACAUGCUAA